CUGAGGCCGAGGGGAGCGGUAGCGUCCCGAUUGGGCAGAUUCCCCUGCUUGGCCCGAGCCCGAGAUGGAGGUAGCCAAGAUGUCGGUGAAGGAAGGUGCGCAGAAGAAAUGGGCGGCCCUCAAGGAGAAACUGGGGACCCAGGACACGGAUCAGACGGAGGCCAACCUGGAGAACGCUGAGCCGGAGCUCUGCAUCCGCCUCCUGCAGAUCCCCUCGGUGGUGAACUACUCCGGCCUGAAGAAGCGCCUGGAGAGCAGCGACGACCCGUGGAUGCUGCAGUUCCUGGAGCAGUGCGGGCUGGACCUGCUGCUGGAGGCCUUGGACCGCCUGUCGGGGCGCGGGGUGGCCCGCAUCUCGGACGCGCUGCUCCAGCUCACCUGCAUUAGCUGCGUGCGGGCCGUCAUGAACUCGCACCAGGGCAUCGAGUACAUCCUCAGCAACCAAGGCUACGUCCGCAAACUCUCCCAGGCCCUGGACACAUCCAACAUCAUGGUCAAGAAGCAAGUGUUUGAGCUGUUGGCCGCCCUGUGCAUUUAUUCUCCGGAAGGACACGAGCUGGCUUUGGAUGCCUUAGAGCACUACAAGACGGUGAAGAACCAGCAGUAUCGCUUCAGCGUGAUCAUGAGCGAGCUGUCCAACUCAGACAACGUGCCUUACGUCAUUACCCUGCUGAGCGUCAUCAACGCCGUCAUCCUGGGGACCGAGGAAUUGUGGGCCCGGACUCAGCUGAGGAAUGAGUUCAUAGGUCUGCAGCUGCUGGACAUCUUAACCAAGCUGAGGUAA